CCUUUCUCUGUGGGAGACAUUAGCCCUUGUGAUCUCAUGAAUAUAUUAUAGAGGGUCAUUGUGCAAUGAGGAAGGUAUUGCUGAGCUGCCAGGUUAUUAUGGCUUGCCCCAAGCACAGACUGCAACACGCUUAUUCUAAUUGACUCGGAUAGCUCAUAGUUAGUCACUGUUCAUAAUUUAUAGUUAGCAAUAAAUAAGGGUAGCACAAUAACAUUUGAAGUGUUAUUUAUAGUAUACUUACUAUUCAAGAGGCUGGUGUGUGAUAACAAAAUACAAAUAUAUUAUUAAUGUUCGACCACACGGUAAUCAAGCAGCCUUGUCUUGUUAGCCGGGACUGCGACACUAGCUAGCUAGCUAGCCGAGUGGCUAACCGUCUACAAUCAAGCGGCACUUCAUCGUCUGGCAGCUUGAGCAGGCAAAAGUGAUGGAUAACAUGAAGAGACAGAGAGAGGCUGCACUCCUCCAUAGCAUGCACACUGCUGAGAUGCUUUGUUCUGCUUUGUACUGCUGCAAAUGGCUGCCUCUUGAGGACUGUGGGGGCUCUGUAAUGAUCCCCCCGUUCAUCCGAUGAACCCCCUCAACUCCAUGAAACCCUCCCUGCCUCUCAAUCCACAAAGCAGUGACGGCCCCUUCCUGAAUGACCCAGUCUCCUGGCAACCAGGAACCAAUCAGCACCCAGGAUCUCUCUCUGUAGUAACCACAGUGUGGGGCGUGACCAAUCCCACACACAGCCAGGUGUUCUGUUCACCCAUGGGUCCGGGUGAGAGCUCUGGCGGUCACAUGAUGCCUGGCGGUGGUCCUGGUAUGGGUCCCGGCAUGGGGUCCCAGUUCAUGGGCCAGCACUCGUACGGAGACGCUAUCUCCAAAGGAUACGGCCAGCCAAUCAUGUACGGACGUCCCAACCCGGCUUACAACCCGGCCUCGGGGUACGGAGGAAGUUACUCUGGUAACGGUGGAGGUGCCGGUAUGGGCAUCCGUCCUCCCUCAGACUUCACUCAGGCUGCUGCGGCUGCUGUUGCCGCCGCCGCAGCCACAGCAACUGCCACUGCUACGGCAACUGUUGCGGCAAUACAAGAGAAACAGCACCAGGAGAUGAGCUAUGGCCAGAUGGGUGGAGCAUCCUCUUACAGCACCCAGUUCCUGUCUCAUGCGGGCCCCCGCGGUCCUCCAGGGAUGGUCUCUUCCAGGCCCGGACCUCCACCUUCCACCGCAGGCCUGUAUCCCACCCACCCCCACCAGGCUCAGAAGAUGCCCCAGCACGGAGGCUAUCCCGGGCCCCAGCAGGGGCUCAAACGCCCGUAUCACUCAGAGUCGGAGCCAUUCAAUGGUCAGGGCAGCCUGCCAUCUGGAGGAGCAGGAGGAUACAAUGCCUUCACACAGGCUGCAGUCAACGGGCCAGGUCGGGGUGGAGUGAUGCCCGGAUAUCCCAGCUCUCCCAUGGGAGGGAAUCCCACGCCUCCCAUGACACCCGGGACGUCAAUACCCCCAUACCUGUCCCCGGGCCAGGACACAAAACCCCCCUACCUCCCACCGGACAUCAAACCCAACAUAAACGCCCAGCAGAUCUCUACAGGUAACCCGAGUGACGACCUGCGUCUGACGUUCCCGGUACGAGACGGCGUCGUGUUGGAGCCGUUCAGACUGGAGCACAACCUGGCCGUCAGUAACCACGCCUUCCAGCUGAGAGACUCUGUGUACAAAACACUCAUGUUGAGGCCGGACCUGGAGUUGCAGUUUAAAUGCUACCACCACGAGGACCGACAGAUGAACACAAACUGGCCUGCAUCCGUUCAAGUCAGUGUCAAUGCAACUCCUCUGUGCAUUGAAAGAGGGGACAACAAAACCUCCCACAAGCCCUUGUACCUGAAGACUGUGUGUCAACCGGGACGUAACACAGUGCAGAUCACAGUAACCGCCUGCUGCUGUUCGCACCUGUUUGUGUUACAGUUGGUCCACCGGCCGUCCGUCAGGUCUGUCCUGCAGGGUUUGAUGAAGAAGAGACUCCUGCCUGCCGAGCACUGCAUCACCAAGAUAAAGAGAAAUUUCAGUAGCGGUACGAUCCCCGGGACCCCUGGUUUGAACGGAGAGGACGGCGUAGAGCAGACGGCAAUCAAAGUUUCCCUCAAAUGUCCGAUCACGUUCAGACGAAUCCAGCUGCCAGCCAGGGGGCACGACUGCAGACACAUACAGUGUUUUGACCUGGAGUCCUAUUUGCAGCUUAAUUGUGAAAGAGGGACCUGGAGAUGUCCUGUGUGCAAUAAAUCAGCUUUGCUAGAAGGACUGGAGGUGGACCAGUACAUGCUCGGGAUUCUCGUCUACAUCCAGAACUCAGAGUAUGAGGAGAUCACCAUAGACCCGGUGUGUGGCUGGAGGCCGGUGCCUGUAAAACCAGACCUGCACAUAAAGGAGGAGCCGGACGGCCCGGUGCUGAAGCGCUGCCGGACCGUCAGCCCGAGUCACAUGGUGCUGCCUAACGUGAUGGAGAUGAUUGCCGCUCUGGGCCCCGCGUCGUCCCCCUACCACAGUCUGUCUGCAGGGGGCAGGAACACCCCCGACUACAACCGGCCAGGGAGCCAGGGAUUCUCCGGCCAAGGAGGCUUCUCAGACUUCCCCAACACUCCCGGCACCCCGACACUGGGAGAGUACUCCUCCUCCUCCGGACCUCCCCUCCCCUAUCAGUCGGAGCAGACGUCUCAUCCUGGACGAAUGGAACACGGCCAUAACAUCCUGCAGCAGCACAGCUCAGGUGUCCAUGGAAACCAGAGUCUCGGAGACGCCGGCAGUCCACUGUCGCAGCGGAACAUCAACACCCAGAAUUCCCGGCUGCAGAACGAAGGCCCCUUCGUUCUGGGAGGCCCUGGAGCCCCCGGGGGGGACGCGGCCGACCAUGCACUAGACCUUCUUCCUGAGCUGACCAACCCGGACGAGCUGCUGUCCUACCUGGGCCCCCCGGACCUUCCCAACAACAGCAGUGAUGACCUGCUGUCUCUCUUUGAGAACAACUGACCCCCUCUAGUCAUCUUCCAGCCUCUGCUUCCCACGGUGCUGUAGCCUGGCCCUCAUUGGCUAAAGCCAGCACUGUCUCUAUGGGUGCCCUCUUCUGUGUGUGAGUGUGCAUGAAUGUGUGAGUGUGUGAGAGUGUGUAUAUGAUUGCGUUUUUGAGUAUCUUUUUUUUUGUAAGUGUCCUGCUGUAAAUUCAUUCAUUGCAGUAUACAGGAACCGGAGGGAACAUGCUUCACAUGUGAUCACUGUCUUUCAUGAAGAAUAUAACAGUACAAACUGUAGGCACUGACUCUGCAGACCAGCAUUUUAAACUAUAGCACAAACCACAGGGUGAAGGAUUUAAAUAUACAGUAUUUAAUUCAUAGAUUGUAAUAGUUAGAAGUGGAGGAUAAUGGAAGAUAGGGUGUGUUUAUAAGGAGUUAUAAGACGCAUUAAUACAGUGGUUCCCAAAUGUUUCUGUCGCUAUUUUGCACACAUGCACAUUCCUGGUAAAUUACUUCGUAGCUCGACAACCGGAUUUCAACUGUUUUCUUUGAGAUGACAGUUUCCAGAGUUGUAAAAUCCUUCCUCAAUAUAUAUUGAACAGCAGUAAACCCCUCCAACCCUCUACCGCGUUGGGGACCACUGCAUUAAGGGAUAUUCUUUACUUUUCGUAUUGUCAACGACUCCAAUGUAAAGAACUAACAUUAUAUGAAUCCAUCUUUCAAUGCUAAAUGACUUCCUGUCUGUGGUGCAGAUCUUGAGAAACAGAUCCUUAAUUGUCAAUGCAAUUCAAGGACAGCAAAAUCAGUAAAAACAUCUAUAUUUUUAUGUUUUAAAAAAAGCUAAGUUAUUUCUUCAAACAGCUGGUAAUCAAAUACAAUGCAGGAAAUAAGGCAUUUGUGAGGGACUAUUUUCAGCAGUAUUCGGGUGUUUUUGGACAACAAUCGAGCUCUAUGGCACAUACCAAGGUGUAUCGAGCUUUAAUACACACACAAUACUUGUUAGUAGAUACCAUUUCUGUUGAUAUGGGCUUUAUUGACAAUAAGGAAACACAGAGCAUCACUAGACUUUGUUCACAAUGAUGUAAGAUAAGGGCAGUGGUCACUUUUUUUUUUUCUUUGUGUUCAGUCCAAUGGCAGAGUAAACGAAAAGAUCCGAGGGGCCUCCUCACCUAAGGACAAACUAAGCCCAGCCUAUGAAGGCGGGGCCCAGAUGUAAAAUAGACAUUUUUUUAAUUCAUGAAGUUUGGGAGCAGGCUGAGGUUCAUUGUAUCUCUGACAUCCUUCAGCACUGUGAAAUAUAUUAAAGCUCCCAUCUUUCCCUCGGUUUGUUUUCACCUUCCUAUGAAGGGUUUUUCAAGCAUCUGUAAAUGAGUACAGCUGUGUGUCGUGGCAUUUUCUGCCAUUUGAAAGCUAGUAUGUUUUAAAAUGGUUUCACAUGUAUAACCCAUCAUGACACGGGUUUAUGUACUGUAUAAUCAGCUGUUUUCAUUAGAGAACGUGUGUGUAUCAAAUGAAUUGUUAAUCAUGGUAAUUGUAAUGUUAUUUAGUUGGAUAAUGGAUCAUUGUUGGCACUGUAUACAUACUGUAUGUUAGAAGAUUAUAAA